AUGCGUUGGUACUCGAACGCUAGAGUACUCCUUGGAGCCAGUGUCCUCGCGGUCCCCCUGGCUGCCGCGACUGACAAGUUCUCUGAAAAAUUCAAAAAAUCUGAAAACUUAGAGCAAAAAAUCCAGAAAGCAAGGGAAAUGGUGGAGACGACUAUGGCGAUUCAAGGCAUUCCGGGACUGUCGAUAGCGGUGACAGUUGAUGGAAAAAUGGUGUGGAAGAGUGGAUUCGGUUAUGCGAAUCUGGAAAGUUUGGCCAGGUGUACAGCCGACUCCGUCAUGCGAAUCGCCAGCAUCAGCAAACCAAUCACCGCCACGCUGGCUGCGCAGCUCGUUGAGAACGGAAAACUCGACCUGGACGCCGAUAUAAGGAAGUAUCUCUCCGAAUUCCCAGCGAAAAAAUUCGCCGGCGAAGAUGUGACACUCACAAUGAGACAGUUGCUCUCGCAUUCUGCGGGAAUUCGGCACUAUGCGAAUCCAAAGAAAAAAUCCGCGACCCUCGAAGACCCAUCGAACAACAACACAGAAGUGCCGGAAUUCCUGUCCAACAAGCCCUAUGCGACCUCCUUGGAAGCUCUUGAAAUCUUCAAAAACGACGAUUUGGUGGCGAAACCCGGCUCGAAAUUCGCUUAUACCACGUUCGGAUUGACUCUAGCUGGCGCUGUACUCGAAAAAUGUUCUGGAAAAUCGUAUGGGCAGCUGGCGACCGCCCUUUUCUCGGAUCUCGGAAUGCGGCAUACUCAACUGGAUACAAAGAAGAAAAUUGUGACGGGAAGAGUUGGCUACUAUCAGAGAAACUCGAAGAAUAUUCUGGAAAACUGUCCGGAAGUCGAUUGUUCGAAUAAAUACGCGGGAGGGGGGAUCAUCUCGAAUGUGACCGAUUUGCUAAUUUUCGCAAAUGCUAUUCUGAAUAUUUAUCGAUCGGAAUACCGAAAAACGAUUGUUGGAGAAGAGACAAUUCGGAAAUUUAUCAGUGAACAAGUUCCUGUUGACGGGAAAAACACUUCUGCUGGGCUAGGGUGGUUUUUGGUUGAUGGAACUGAGAUUAAGUCGAUUGAGGGCAAUGUCGCCAAUUCUCCAUUCUUCUACCACACGGGCGCUGCCGUCGGCGCCUCCUCCGUCCUUCUCAUCAAACCUUCUUCUCCUUCGACGUCUUCCGAAUCUUCUGGAGUCUGCGUGGCGAUCCUUUGCAAUCUCCAAAACGUCUCCGUGCUCAGUUUGGGCCGAGAUAUCGGCGAUUUGUUUCAUAAUUCGAUGUGA